CUUUUACUAUAAUCAGUGUACCUGUAAAUGAAGGCAUUUAUGUUCUCUCUGCAACUGUCACAAUUUCCUGGAUUGUAGUUGGUGUAUUAGGUUCUAAUCUUUUUCUUCAAGCUUUUGAAUAUUUUUUAGAAUGA